UAAGAAGAAGCAGAAGAGGAAGCAAAAGAAGUAACAGCAGCUGCGCGUUUUGAAACAGUUUUCAAUGAUGAAAACGUAUACAAAAUACGAAUACAUUUGCUUAUAUUCGCCGCGCCACUAAAUUCGCCGCAAGUAACAACACACACACACAUACGCAUACAGUCCAGUUAACGGGGCAGAGACAGGAAAAUUUUUGCCUCAUUUGUGGUCCUGCGAAAGACGACGACGACGUGUACAACACACAAGAGCGAAAGAAAAUUCUUACUGCGAAAAGAAAACGGUGAACGGAACUAAAAAAACAACAACUGAGUAAAACACACAUUGUCCCCCCAUUCCUCGUGAGUAGCUGAAUGAAUAAUUGAAUAAAUUGCGACUCCGGGCGAGACGAAACGCGCGUUAAACUGAAUAAUUGAUUGAAUAAUCGUAAACAAGAAGCGCAAAUUUGCAAACAGCAGGCAACGAGCAGAGCAGAGCGAAGCAGCCAGCCAGCCAGUCAGUCAGUCAGUCAUUCACUCAAUCAGUCAGCAGAGACUCUAACCCAGUGCCAAGGCUAAAACUUCCCCUGAGCUCUGCACGCCACCAGCCCAAAAAAAAAAACGAGUAUAAAAAGAAAAGUCAGUGCAAAAAAAAAAACAAGAAAAACAGUUAAAAGAGCGAAACGAGCGAGAAAAAAGUAACUCAGCGUCACAUUAUCGAUUUGUGUAUAUGUGUGAAAAAUAACAGAAAAGCGCUUACACCCACGCACACCAACAAAACACUCGAACACAACUACACACAGUCAGAGCCCGCAUACGUCAACAAAAACAACAGCAGCAGCAGCAACGACAGUUGGUCACAAGGAGAAGCAGCAGCAGCAGCAGCAGCAGCACUUAAGGAAUUACCCCAGGAUCUUCUACUAGCUUCCGGCGCAAUUCAAGCUUGAAGACAACAACAAAUACCUACACACAUACACACACACACAUACAGUGCUGUAGUUGCAACAACAACACAGACGCAAGAACCGACGCAACCUCAAGACUAAGUCACACAAAACAAUGGCUGGCGGUGGUGAUCCCAAAUGGCAAAAGGAUGCGGCCGAUCAGAAUUUUGAUUACAUGUUCAAGCUGCUCAUCAUUGGCAACUCGAGCGUCGGCAAGACUAGCUUCCUCUUUCGCUACGCAGACGAUAGCUUCACAUCGGCCUUUGUGUCCACCGUGGGCAUUGACUUCAAGGUCAAGACUGUAUUUCGCCACGACAAGCGUGUGAAGCUGCAAAUUUGGGAUACAGCUGGCCAAGAGCGUUACCGCACCAUUACCACAGCCUACUACCGCGGCGCCAUGGGUUUCAUUCUGAUGUAUGAUGUCACCAACGAGGACAGCUUCAACUCUGUGCAGGACUGGGUGACACAGAUUAAAACGUAUUCGUGGGACAACGCUCAGGUCAUACUGGUGGGCAACAAAUGCGACAUGGAGGAUCAGCGUGUGAUUAGCUUCGAGCGUGGACGCCAAUUGGCCGAUCAACUGGGCGUUGAAUUCUUUGAGACAUCGGCCAAGGAGAAUGUGAAUGUAAAGGCUGUCUUUGAGCGUUUGGUGGAUAUUAUAUGCGACAAGAUGUCCGAGAGUCUCGAUGCAGAUCCAACGUUAGUUGGUGGCUCACAGAAGGGACAACGCUUGACGGAUCAGCCGCAGGGCACGCCCAAUGCCAAUUGUAAUUGUUAAACAGAGCUGUUGUUGUAGACAACUAACUAGCCUAACAUACACACCCACACCCACACCCAGACAUACACACACACACGUAUACACAAGCAUACACGCAUUCCACACACAGUUACAAUUUUGAAGUUAGCAAAGUUUAGAGAAAGGCAUCGUCAGAUGAAGAUAGAAGAUGCUCGAGAAAAGACAUAAGUAAUACCCGUAUAUAGAACUUACAUAUGUAUUAUUAUUAUUAUUAUAUAUGAAUACAUGUAUACAUUGUAUUUAUACAACUAAUUUCCGUUAGUCGGUCGCUCCGUGUAAAUGUCAAUGUUAAUGUGCAUGAAUAUUAUCAAUGUUUCCAUUUGUUGAGAUUUAUAUUCAGAAAGCGAAAAACCAAAAUGAAAAAUGAAAAAUGAUAAUGAACAAAACAUAACGAGAUAACGCAAAGCUGUUUGUUUGUUCAAUGUGCUUUUGGGCAAUUGCUAAUUUUGUCAAUGUGUUGUGUGUAAAUUGAUAAACAAUUACGAUUACGAUAAAAGUAAAAACGAUUAACGAUAACAAUAACUCAUGUACAUGUGCUGAAUUGAGUUUGGCACUUAUUAAAUCUGCACAUAUUUUGUGCUAUUUUCCUCAAUUUCCCAACUCAACUCAACUUAACUCCUUCUUCUUCGCUCCGCUGAACAGUAUUCAUGAGAAUUGCGACUCUCUUGGCGAUUUUAGCUAUUUUUAUUGUACAUAUGCUGGCAGCAAUUUUUACAGUUACUAGUCAGAAAGAUACAAAUUGAAAUGAAAAGUUUCCUUUUCCCGUUCAAAUGAAAAGAAAAAGAAAAUUUGCAAAAAAGGGCAAAAACGCACAAAAGGCUAGCGAAUUGGUGAAAUUAACUUAAAUAUAAAUUUAAUGAAUGAUCUAUUUAUGAUUAUCCAUCAACUGCACACACACACACACACACACAUACACAUACAUAGGCGUUGUAUAUGCAUCAGCGAGUUCUAGUCAAGAAAAAAGAAAGUCAUUAUUAUUAUAAUUAUGAUUAUGAUUAUCAUGUAUGUAUGUAUUUAUGUAGUAAAAUGAACAUUUGAAUGUGUUGCGUAUUAUAAAUGAAUAAAAUAUACCUAUUAUAUAUAUAUAUACACAUACAUAUAUUAAAAUUACAAAUUAUACCAAUACCAUAUACCACAUACAUACAUAUAUAAAGGCAAUUACCGUAUCCACAGCUAAGCAAAAUUCCUUUUUCGAAAUCCUUGUAUAAAGAUGGCAUCAAAUUUUACAAAUUAUUUCCAUUAGUUUCCUAUCGAGCAAUUGGAUCAUCUUUACUUAACGCACAAUGUUCCUUUUUGUUUUGCUGUUUUUGCUACUAAACAAUUGACACUUAACCCACCGUGCGAUACUUAACUGCACAGUGCAACAAAAUCAAUGACAAAUCGGUGCAUUUAAUUUGACUAAACUUUCUCGAUCUUUUGAUAUGCACAACCAAGAAAUGAAUGUUUCGUUCAACUUCGAUUUUAUUUACAAAAUAAUAAACUAAAUGCCAGCUGACUUUGAGAUAAUUAUUAAUAAUAAUUAUAUAUACACAAACAUACAUACAUACAUUGAUACAUGCUCUUAUAUGAGCAUGUAUUUUUUGUAUAGCUAAACAAAAAUGCUGAAGAAAAAAUAUACUUGAAAGAUUUGCAGAGUUUCACUUGAAAAUAUUAAUUAAAAGGCAUAUCGCUGUAUUAUAAAUACCUCCCAUUCCCGCUACCCCCGCAAUCCCCGCAAUCCCCGAUGCACAACGAGCAGAAGCAUAGCAAACGUAUCUGACAGAUACAACGUUUUGAGAUACAAGAUACAAAUUGAAUUUAAAGAUUGGAGUGUAUUAAGUUUGUUCCGAAUUGGGAGUAUUAUAACAUAUAUAACAUACAUAUAGAGAAAGGGAAAAUGCCUUAGAGAGAACACGGCUUGGCAUUUCGUACUGUUUGUAAUGUAAGCAUAACAAUUGCAUUAUACGAUAUAUAACAUAUAUAUAAAUUGAAUAUAUAUUUAUAUAUAUCUGUGUAUCUCUUAUACGAUUAUUGUAUAUGGAUUUGCUUCUAACAUUGUUAAAACACAAAAUGAAUCUCAUAAAUAAAACUGAAUUUGCGCUACAUUGUUGUCAUUUGAAUAAAUACUUAUUAUGAAAGCAAAUGAAAUGAGCUCAAAAGCAUCAUUUAUACUUAGCCGUGGUGUAAUCAAGCUAAAUUCAAUUUCAAUAAAAAAAUAAUUCACUAAAAAUUAUAAUAGAGCGAAGAUAUAUAGAAAUAUAAUUCAGGAGAUUACAAUAACCCAAUUAGAAAUUGCAUUAUUUAUGGAUGAAUCGUUUUAAAGUAAUUAAGUAAAAACAAUAUUUAGUGCAUAUACACACACUAACACACCCACACGAACACACACAUACUUACUUCGAUUAUAUUUAAACAGACACACACGCAAAUACAAAUGUAUUGAGUUUAAUCCAAACCAAAAACAAAAAAAGAAGAAAGAAAAUAUAGCAAAGAUAUAAUAAUAAUAAUAAUUAUAAUAGCAACAAUAAUAAUAUGAAAUUAUUAACAUGAAUAAACGUAACAAUUC